GUAAAAGAACGGCUGAAAAAAAUGGACCACAUGAAGCCGUUGCACAUCUUUCUCCGUCAAGAAGUAGACAGAAUGCAACGUGUGAUCACAAGUGUGCGGACCACUCUGGUCGACUUAAAGCUUGCUAUUGACGGGACCAUUAUAAUGUCAGAGAACCUGCGUGAUGCCCUGGACAAUAUGUUCGACGCCAGGAUUCCCAGUAGUUGGAGAAGAGUGAGAAAUUAG